AUGGCUGCGGAACCCGGACAAGCAAGUGGUGUGCCAGCUCCGCCCGAAGAAAAGAGUCAAGACCAAGGGUCGAAAACGGGAUCCGCGAAGCGCCCGGAGCAAACGGCCCGAGUAUUGGCCGAUGAGGAUGUUAUGACCGUGGCGGAUGUGGCGAAUCCCGAUGCAGUUGGGGAGUUUACCAACGAAGUAGGUUUGAUGACUAAAGUAUCUAAAAUAAGGUCGGAAUGGGGAAAUUGGGAUAAUUCAAGGCGAAUCAUUGAUCUUGGAAAGUGAAUUAUGGUCUGUUGGUUAUUCCUAGCCCUUGAAAAAGGAUUUGGCUCACCUUUUUUAUUAAGAAAAUACCAGAAAUUUGGGAAAUUCAUUAAAAAUGAUGACUUUUUGAGGUAAAAUCCAUUUGAACUGAUAAAAAGUAGAUGGUAGUCGAUUGAUAUGGGCAUGAUUUAGAAAGAAGACAGUAUAUUCUUGCCUUUAACAUCACUGCGACCAUUUUUAAAAUGACUUUUUUAUACGAAAAUUGAGCUUUUCUCCUAUUUUAGGUCAAAAUUGGCGAAAUUAUUGAUUUUUUUGAUUUUUAACCCUAAUUUUUUACCGUAAAAUUCACUUCAAUAUCUUCUAAAUAUAAUAUAGCCUCUAUGGCAUAAUUUACACCAAUUUAUUUCAGCUUUCCGACCUGACGGACGACGAGAAUCCGGACGGAAUCAAGCCGAGUCAUGGCCGAACCUGGUACAACCGAAUCCAACCGCUCCUCAACAACAAACGCAUUCGCCAUUUUGUGAUCACAAAUAUCACGCUGACCAUCGUCAACACCUUCCUUUUCUUCAUGUUCGUCUGCGGCAUCGUGUAUGCUGUGAUGCUUCAUGAAGAGGUAGCAUAAUAUAAAUUUUUAUCCCGAAAAUUCCAGGUCUCCCACCGCAGCGUCCUCAACAAACCGUGUAUUUUCGAAUGGGCGGAAUGGGGAGAAUGCUCGGCAACUUGUCGCAGCGAAAAUGGCGAUGUUCCGAUCAAGUCACGCAAAGUGAAUCCGAAUAAGAUUGUGAGAGCGCGCGGAAGAUUUGCCGAUUUGUCACCGUGUCCCAUGAAUUUGGAGAAUAAAGUGGUAAGGGGGGUUGGAACGCUUUUGGGGGGAAAUGGGCCAAUAGUCGAGUUUGAAGAGACGAUUUUCGUUAUUGAUGUCUAGUGUAAUAUAAAAAAUUUUUAGAAUUAGAAAUCGACAUAAAAAGCGAAUUUACUGGUCACAAUUAGGCUUCUUAUUGGGCGUGAGGUUACUGUAGCAUUAAUAAUUUGUUUGUCAUCUCUUUUUCAAAUUUCCAGAAAAUCCGUCAUCGCGAUCCAAAAAAGGCAUCUGGACAUGCAACACUGGCCUCAAUUUUUGUCGCUGAACUCUGUAUAGAUUAAAAAUAGGACGCCUAAAUUUUUUUUGUCGAUAUCUGGCCAACUAAAUAUGUCACGAUGACGGAUUUUCUGGAAUUUUGUAAAAAAAUUAGUAUUUGGUUUAUUUUUCAAUUUUUUGAAAUGAAAUAUUUCAGGAUUUUGCCCCUUGCAACACUCAUUACUGUCCCAAGAAGCUGUCUUCAUUCGACUUCACCAAAAGAUGCUUCAAAGUUUAUGUUGACGAUGAAAAAAAAGGCUGUUAUCACAUCAGAAAUGUUUCACUAAAAGAUCAAUUGGUAAGUCAUGUGUCCUGUGUGCUGUAUAGAACAUUUAGAUCGAAAUUGACGUCACCGAUCUGACCAAACCUGUAAACUGCAGCACAUGUUUGGGGAGCGCUCGACCUGUUGAUUAA